AUGCAACUGGAACAUCUAUUCGCAUCUAACCGAUUCUGUAUGACCUCAGGAACUUCAACAAGUGAAUCAAAUGCACAAUUGAAUGAAGACUUAACAAUGCGACGUAGAUUAUAUUUAGAACAAUCAAUAGUGUAUGCUUGUAACGAACCACCAUCGGCAAAGUUCCUAUACAUCGAUCCAUCAUUGUUUGGAUUUUAUACAUGGGAAUUAGUAAAAUUACAUCCAGAUGGUAAUAAUGGACCAACAAUUAUUGGUUUCCUUCUUCUUCAGCCUAAUUUAUCUCAUAGAAAAUCUUGUCCAAUUGUUCUACUUUUGCAUGGAAAUGCCGGAAACUCUACAGCUCGACUACCAAUGUGUCAAAUUUUAGAAAAACAUUUACAAUGUAAUAUUUUUAUAAUUGACUAUCGAGGUUACGGUCAAAGUACAGGGAAACCAAGUGAAGAGGGCUUAUAUGCAGAUUGUAAAUGUGCUCUUAAUUAUUUACACACAAGAAAUGAUUUGAACAAUAAAAAAAUAUUUGUAUUUGGUCGAUCAUUAGGAGGAGCGUUAGCUAUUUAUUUAGCAGUGGAUCCUCUAUCGAAUGGAAAAAUAUGUGGUGUUAUUGUUGAAAAUACAUUUACAUCUAUCGCUGAAACUGCAAGUCAUAUUCUUAGUAUACCUUGUAAAUUUCCCUCUUGGUUAUUUUUAAAUCAGUAUACCUCCUUGGCAAGACUACAAGAUUGUAGCAAGUCUACGAAAAAGUCCUCUGCUUUCCCACCUUUAUUGCUUAUCUCAGGUGAGUUAGAUAAUAUUAUCCCACCAAAAAUGAUGUGGAAGCUUGCUGAAGCUUACAAAGACAUAGUAGCGAAACAACAUAUUCAAAAUGAUUGUAGUUCAAGCGUGAUGUAUGACGAUUCGUCAAAGCCCAAAUCACUUUCCCAAAGCCCAGUUACUUUCAUUAAUUCUGGAACAGAUGGUCUUGUAAGCUUUCCGGAUGGCCAUCAUAAUGAUACUUGGUUUUGCAGUAAUUGGGCGGAUGUUAUCUUGCGUUUCCUUCAACAAUCCAGCCUACAUAUCAGGAAUACAGUCAACGAAAUCGAUUUCAACAUACCAGUUUGA